AUGGCGGGCGUGCCCAUUCAGCAAAUAGCCGUACCUUCGUUCGAGUACAAAGAGCAUCCUACUCAACAUGUCGUGUAUGCCGUCCAGAUAACCAUGCCCGAUCGUACAUGGACCGUGUACCGGCGCUAUACUGACUUUUGCAACCUACACGAGCAAAUUACACCACCUAUACCUCCCGCGCCGCUCCCGCCCAAGCAUCGUCUGAAGCAGACUUGGCGUAUGAUCACAGGACUCGGAGGCUUGCUCGCCAACACGGAGAUCCAAAAGCACGAGGACAAACUCGAUUUGGAGAUACGCCGUGCUGGCCUUGAAAAGUAUUUGCGUGCGAUUGUGGCAUCACCUAGUCCGCACUGGCGUGAAAGUGAUGCCUUUAUGACAUUUGUCGAUGUGCAAGAGCCGGCGUGGCCUGAGCCCUCGUGGAAUCCACGCAUGACACAACGACCUCCACAACCCAAGAUACCGCUCCGACCAUGGCGCGACGCGGCUGAGCCGGCGCGCGAGACGAACACGACGAGACCUAUGACGGAUGCCGAACUGCUUCGGUAUCAGACAAAUACUCUCAUGCAUGCCCAAGACGAGCAAGCGAAUGCUCUUUCUGCUAUCCUACGUCGACAGCACGAUUUGGGCAUCCACAUCCACCAUGAACUGAACGUACAUCACGAGCUACUGGAAGACCUGCACAACGACGUACAACAUACGCAAGGGCGUAUGGAUGCGGCUGAUGCUCGCAUGAAACUAAUGAAAUAA